CGCUGUGCUCCUCUCUGUCCUGACUUUACUGUGAAAUCUGAAAAAGGGUAGGUAGCGGUAGAAAAAAAAAACUACUUUGUAUAAUUGAUGUUUUCCCAUGGAACAGCCCCUCCUCUUUGCAACCCUCAGGUGGAAGAAAUCUUUUAAGAAUUUUUUUUGUGGGAUAACAGGAGGGUUUGUCUAAGCGAACCAAUCAAGUCCCUCCCCUGCUAUAGAUCAGUGCUAUAAUACAAAGCACUAAAAGCGGUCGUCUCACACAAGCGGCUGCAGCUCGACCAGAGAUCCCGUGGCUUUUAAUUUCCCUAGACUACUUUUUUGAAAGCUCCAUUCGAUGUGUGCACCUCUAUUAGCGUCGCUUCUAGGCGUUCAUUUCCGCACCUGCCACGGUACAGACCAGGAGCAGGCGAAGUAGAGGAGGAGACAAGGGCAUUUGCGCGAGCCGGGAGAGGCACACAUACCCACGGCACACGUAGCAGCGGCGACUUCUUUUGAGACCUUUAUAAAAACAUGCUUAUGUGGAGCAGACUCGUAUUGGUUGGUGUCUUCUGCUUGUCCUUGAUGUCCUCUGCCAUGGGAUGCGGACCCGGCAGGGGCUACGGCAGGAGAAGACACCCGAAAAAGCUGACACCUCUCGCCUAUAAGCAGUUCAUACCCAACGUGGCGGAGAAGACCCUCGGGGCGAGCGGGAGAUACGAAGGCAAGAUCACGAGAAACUCCGAGCGCUUUAAAGAACUGACUCCCAACUAUAACACAGACAUCAUUUUCAAGGAUGAAGAGAACACCGGCGCAGACAGGCUCAUGACCCAGAGAUGUAAGGACAAGCUAAACUCGUUGGCCAUCUCAGUCAUGAACCAGUGGCCCGGCGUAAAGCUGCGGGUUACAGAGGGCUGGGACGAGGACGGACACCACUUUGAAGAGUCUCUUCACUACGAGGGAAGAGCGGUGGACAUCACUACGUCCGACCGCGACAAGAGCAAGUACGGCACGCUGUCCAGACUCGCCGUAGAAGCGGGUUUCGACUGGGUUUACUACGAGUCCAAAGCUCACAUCCACUGCUCCGUCAAAGCAGAAAACUCAGUGGCGGCGAAGUCCGGCGGCUGUUUCCCGGGAUCCUCUGCGGUGACGCUGGAGGAUGGAAGUCAGAGGCUGCUCCGUGAGCUGCGGCCCGGUGACCGGGUCCUGGCAGCAGAUUCCCGCGGAAACCUCGUGUUCACCGACUUCAUAAUGUUCCUAGACCGGGACUCAAACAUGCGCAGGAUGUUCUACGUGAUCGAAACCGACUCUGGUCAGAAGCUCACGCUUACGGCGGCGCACCUUCUGUUCGUAGGCCACAACUCAUCCAUGACCGCAGUGUUCGCCAGUCACGUGCGCCCUGGACAGCGCGUGUUUGUGCUCGACUCCACACGGCAGCGGCUCGAGGCCGUGCGUGUAAAACGGAUUUACACUGAGGAGCAUGAGGGCUCGUACGCCCCGGUGACGAUGCAGGGCAGUGUGGUGGUGGACCAUGUCUUGUCGUCCUGUUACGCGGUAAUACAAGACCACGAGCUGGCACACUGGGCCAUGGCGCCUGUCCGGAUGGCGCACUGGGUGUCUUCGUGGCUGUGGAGCGCGCGGAGUGGGGCACAGGGAGACGGGGUGCAUUGGUACUCCGAGCUUCUGUUCCACUUAGGAACAUGGCUGUUGGAUGGACACGCGCUGCACCCGCUGGGCAUGGCCAUGUCCCACAGUUGACUGAGCCACGGGCUCUGAGGACUGGACAGACAGACAGACAGACAGACAAGGCCCCAGCCGAGUUGGGAUAUUUAUUUCACUGACUUCUCCAUGUGUCCCCUUCAAAGAAUGAAUGGAGCCUUAAGAAGUUUUCUUUGAAUAAUUUAUUCUCAUGUGAACGAGCUGCUGACAAACUAAUGGAUUCUGGGAAAAGGAAGAAAAGUAUGAGCAGCAAAUUGUGCAUAAUCUAUUUUUGUAUAUCUUAAAUGCAAAAAUAAAAACCUAACUGAAAUGCGAAAUAAAAAGGUAAAGGUGCAAACAUAAGCAGUAGAGGCGCUAACUCUGACAGGUGUAAUGUCCAUAUGUGCAACUGACUGUUAUAUUUUGGGGAGAACAAACUUGGUGGGGUUCCAUAAAUUAUAUUUUUAUACACAGAAUUGUAAAUUAGAUUUUGACAGAUCGCUACCGAAUCACAUUUCGUUUUCUGAAAUAGUGUAAGAUAUAAAAAAAUAUAUUUUAAUUUAAAUCCAGUAGAUUGAUUUGUUUUGUCAGAGAGGAGCAGAUAUUCUGCCUGAUGUCCGAAGUGUCUGUUCUUCUGUGUUCGUCUUUUGGCAGUUUUGGUUUGCCUCAUCGACUGACAAUUCAAUGGCAGAAGAGAUACGUUUUUGGGUAAAUAAAUUAAUAGCCUAAGUAACUCCUGUAAAUGUACUAAAAUGUAUUAUUUUUCUUUUCAUAUUUUGUAAUAGGGAAAUAGUUUUAUAGAGAUGACCGCGGCAGAUGCACAGUUUGGAUAGUCUAUAUAGCCAGACAGUUUCAUAACAGGGCGAUGUGUCAAAAUGU